CCUUUGGCUGCUUUGUUUAUUUUGAAAAAAUGGCGGCAGUGGAUCAAGACGAGUUGAGAGCAAAACUCUAUUCUUCUCUACAAAAGAAAGGACUUUUAGACUCUUUAAAGUCACAGCUAAGAAACUCUCUAAUCAGCGAGUUACAACCUCCGAGUGGGUCGGAGCCUUCUCAAAAGAGGCCAUCUUCACUCCACCAUCAGAUAGCUAGUUAUAUCAUUAUAAACUACCUCCAGUCUAAUGGAUACCAGUACACACUCUCAACCUUUCUUCCCGAAGCUGGACUACGUAUGGAAAAGUUGUUGUCGUUUGAUGAUGUUUGUCAAGUAUUAGGACUUACGAGUCAAAUAUUGGAGCCUUUGAAAGCUUGUGAAAAUGAGCAAGAUAGAAAGAGUUUAUUAAUACAAUUACUCCAUCGUCUUCCUUCUCUCUUGAAGCAAAGAAGAGACACAGUGUCCUGUGGAGUACAAACUAAUGAAAGAGAAGAAGCAAAGACAGUAACUGAAAAGAAGAUAGAGGAGGAGGAGGAGGAAAGAAAAGUGACUCUGGAGAAGAGGAUGAUUGCAUUCCAGAAAAGCUGUGAAGCACGAAAUAAGAAAACUAUUGAACAAGAGUUGAGUAGGUUUAGGGAGAAAGAGUUGUCUGUGAUGAGGUUGGAAGAAAGGAACAAAUAUUUAAAAGAGCUUGCACAAGCAAAGGAACAAUUGGAGUUAAAGUAUCGUGAAAGACUAACAUCAUCAACAAGAACUGUUGAGGAGGAGAGAGAAAGACUGAGAAGGAGAGAGACAGACAUAGAACAGGGACUCUACAAUCAGAGGCAGACAUUACUCAUUGAAAUGGAGAGCCUCAAACUGAGAGAAAAUGAACUAACUAGACAAUCUGAACUAGAUAGAAGGGCAGCUAGUUUAGAGAAAGACAAGAGCACUUCAUUACAGCAACUCUUGAAUGAGAAAGAAGAAAUGCUAAACUCUUUAAAGAAGCAGUACGAAAAGAUGGCCGAAGCAAGAGUAGAGAGACUAAAAGUUGAACUCGAGACAAAAUUUUUACAAGAAGGCAAGAAAGCAGCAGAAAUGAAGGCCCAGUUUGAAACCCAACAGUCACUGAUAGAUGAACUCAGUACAAAGUACGAGAGUGUAACUGCUGAACUGGACCACGAGAGAGAAACUGCUAAACAACUGCAGGAGGAGCUUCAGUUGUCAAACGAGAAAACGAAUAGCCUUUUUAUUGAAAACACUCAACUGAACGAGAGACUUAAGCUUGUCGAUAGCUCUUCUCUGAGGGAGAGAUUGAGAGAGAGCGAAAAGAAGUUACAGGAACUGAGACAGCAAACUGACCAAGAGAGAACUGAAUUGAAAAGAAUAAUAUCAGAUCAGGAGAUAGCUGUCAAUGAUGCUAAGAACAAGUUGAGCAAAAGUGUAAAGCAACAGAAAGAAAAUCAACGAAAAUCGCAAGAAAAAUUUAAAGAAAUGCAAGCAGAGCUGACCUCCCUGACUCAAGCUAAUAAGAUAUUAAAAGAUGAAAUUGCAAAGAAAAUGGAUGCCAUAUUUAAACUCCAUGAUCAGUUAACUUGUAUCAGUGUUGAGUAUCGCUCAGCUCAGUCUCAGAUCAAAGACUUGAAACAACACAUUGAUGGUCUCCACGAUGUCCUAACAUCAAGUGGGACCAGAAACAGGACUAAGAAAAAGCAUAGUCCAAGGAGGAAGCUGACCACCAGACAGACGUCUCUCUCGACCCCGCCCACAGAGAUGAUGAGCCCCGCCCCUUCAAUUGAUAUCAGUCUAUUUGGAGCACCUACUAAUAAUAACAAUGACAAUGAUAUUAAUGACUUCUCAAUCACUCCUAAUACUAACAAUGAUAUAAGUUUCUCUGAUUCAUCUGCAAUGAUACUCGCCGAGGCUAGAGCUACAUUCGCUAGAAUGGAGAAAGAAUCAGAAGAGCUAGCAAGAUACUAUUCCGAUUAUUCUGCUCCCCCUCCGCCUUCCCUCCCUCAUUCUUCAUUAUUAUCAUAUUAUCCUCCAGUUACAACAAUGAUGUCUACCACUAAUGACAAUUUACCUUAUUUAUCUACUCAAAUUCCUUCGCUGCCAACUCCCUCUGUGACAUCAUCGACCACACCCUUUAUAUCCAAUCCUAUUACAUCACUGACCACGCCUCCUUUACCUACACCAUUGACCACGCCCAGAACCACAGCUUCAUUAGUGACUUUAGUCUCGUCAGUGACCACACCCAUUACAACUUCAUCAACUCCACCCACUUCUACUGUAUCAGCUCCUGUUGGUAUAGCCACACCUCCUUCUCAAAAACCCAUUAAUCUCAGUAGUCACUGGACACCGAAAAAACCCCAACCUACCGAGAAUGAAAAAGCAAGCAUUAUCCCAACAACCACUGUGAAUAAUCUCUUAUUGGGUGGGGCAACAUGUGUUGUACCGUCAUCAGUGGAUUUUUCUUUUGAUCCUAUGAUAACGCCAACCAGUCAAAAUAAUGUAACACUAUCAUUAAGAAAUGGAGCUCUCUGUACUACUAAUACCAUUGAUAAUUCAGGGAGGCUCCUUCUACAUCCUGUAUCAGAUAACACCACUAAUACACUUACUACAGCACAUUCUAAUAAUGCAACUACUUCAGCUAUUGGCCCUAGUCAUGUUAUGGUGAAUGGAACUGGUGCAGGCUCAACAAUAUCCAAUAACUGUACUAGUACUACAGGCACUACUGCCGCACCAUUGUGUACAUGUACAUGUACAUGUUCAACCAUUACAGAUAGUAAAGGGAUAUAUACCACUGCAUGCUCCACUAGUAUUGGUACUGUUACAGUACAAGCAGGCUCUGUUAGUUGUAACAGUACUAUUACUAGAUCGGUAGCAACAACUGCAGUGGUUGAUAACAAGCAGUAUGAGAGAUGGUCGAUUGAGAGAGAGAAGAAGCUUAAAGCUCAGAGAGAGGAAGAGGAGAGAGAAAGGAUCAAGAUACAACAAGAGCUAUUAGCACUCCAGCAAGAGGAAGAGAGAGGGAGAGAAGGGAAACCAGAGCCCCCUCAAACUAAAAUAGAAGAGAGUAAAGAUGCAUCAAAAGGGAAUCCUAGUGAAACUGAUGAUGAUGAUAAAAGUGAAGUUAAAUGGACAAUGGCACAAUACAUGUCAUCAGUUAAGGAUCAUUCCAAUAGUAACCAUUACCAGACAAGAAUCCAUCAAAAUGAAGAUGAAGUUUUAGAUCUUUUAUCUGCCCCAACUGAAAGUGAUGAGGGAUCUGACCCAUUUGCUAACUGGUAGAUGCAUAUAUAUAAUAUUUAUCUUUAUGUAACAUGUAUGUAUGCACAUUUAUAUCUAAUAAAACAUUUUUAUACAAAAGAGAGAGAGAGAGAGAAAGGCAGAAGUCAAAUAAAUAUGUAUUUAAUGAGGCCUAUAUUGUAUAGAAAAAGACUGUCUUUUAAUCAGAGAA